AUGACUAUCCAAGGGAAGAAAACCAUCACAGUCUUUGGUGGAACUGGAAACCAGGGCAGUAGUGUAGUGCGGUCCUUGUUGGCACACAAGGAUAGAAUCUUCCAUGUUCGUGUCAUCACAAGAGACACAAAAUCGGAAAAAUCCCAAGUCAUUGCAUCACUAGGAGCGGAGCUAGUUCAGGCUGAAGGUCUUAAUUCUGUGCAAGUUGCCAGUGCAUUUGCUGACAGUUGGGGAGCGUUUAUCAACACCAACUCAGAUGACGAGUCGUUGAAGUCCCUAGAUGGCCCUAGCGACUAUGACCUUGCAGUCUCCGUAAUUGAUGCAGCUAAGGAAGCAGGUGUCAAACAUGUGGUCUUCAGCUCUGGACCAUCUAUCACCAAUGCAACCAAUGGAAGAAUGCACAUUGAAGGAUUUGAGACCAAAUAUUAUGCAGAGCAAUAUGGGCGUAAGAAAGGUUUUGCCAGCUUCACACCACUUCUCUGUGCCUCUUUCAUGGAAUGCUUCUUCUAUGAUCCAUUUGUAGAUGCAUUUGGCGGUUUCCCUUGGAUUCCCGAUCCGACAACCAGUGAACUGGUGUUUCGAACUCCAUCAUAUGGAGGCAAGGGCGAUAUGCCUUGGAUCAGUUGUGAAAACGAUCUUGGUGAUGUUGUCCAUGGCAUCUUCUUGGAUCCAAACACCUACAAUCAAGUGCUUGUUCAAGCAACCGGGCAGCAACUCACCAUGCGUGAAUUGGUAGCUUCUUACACCCAAGCGACGGGGAUUCCAGCUCGAUAUGAAGAGUUGCCUUCCUGGUCAAGCAUAAAGCUAAAUGGAACAAGAUGCCGAGUUGAAACCCGUCUCAUGUUCUGGUAUAUGAAGGACUGUGGUGGGCGCUGGUUCGCAGAGCAUGAAAGUGACAUGUCAACCUCUGUCGUGUUGAAGAAGGUCGCAAUGGCAGCUCGGGGUCAAGAAGGAAGCUUCUCGACUUUCACGAGCUGGUUUAAGCAGGCCCAUGCACUGAAAGCCCAGAGUGCUUGA